AUGGGCAAGUUCUACGAGUCCAUUCCAGGCGAUCUGCGCGACUGGGCUCUACGCCAAAGAGUUUUCUUUGUGGCAUCUGCUCCUCUGCGUGGCCGACAUGUCAACCUUUCUCCAAAGGGUUUGCCAGAUUCUUGCUUUGCGAUCCUCGGUUCAAACCAGGUAGCGUAUAUCGAUUCAACCGGGUCUGGCUGCGAAACCAUCUCCCAUAUACGCGAAAAUGGUCGCGUUACCGUGAUGUUCUGCUCGUUUGACACGUCUCCUCGUAUCUUGCGGCUAUUCUGUACUGGUACUGUUAUUGAGUGGGAUCAGCCUGAGUUCCUUAGAUAUUCACAGCGCAUGGGUAAACCCCAGACCGUGGGAGCGCGUGCUAUCAUUAAACUUGACGUUUUCAAGGUCCAAACCUCCUGUGGCUAUGGUGUCCCACUAUUGACCCAAAUAAUCGAUCCCGAAACCAACAAAUCCAAACCUUAUCUCAAAGACCGCCAAACACUGGGCCACUUUUCCACCAAAAAGGUUGAUGCCGGUGAGAUGCAAACAUACCAGCGUGAAUGGAAUGCCCGCAGCCUAGACGGACUCCCAGGUCUCCGAUCUGCGCUUAAAGAUAGCGGCUAUUAUACUUGGCGGGUGGAGUUAGAAAAUUGGUUGAGUCGACACCGGAAUGAAGUUGAGACAGUGAAGUCGUUGGCUUUGGUUUUGUUCGUGGGAUUAAUGGUAUUGAGGUGGAAUGAGUAUGACUUGUGGUUAUAG